UGGAGUGGUGAAAUGCAAGCUUGGUUGAUGACCAAGGGACUGUGGAGGCUCGUCUCUGGCGCUGAAAAGUGUCCUGGGACUGACACUGAAGCAAUAGAGAAAUGGGAGUUGAGAGCUGAAAAGGCUGCUGGUGCAUUAUAUCUCAAUGUCACCAAAGAGCAGCGCAUCCAUCUUGAUGGCAUCAUUGAUGAUCCUGUCAAGAUCUGGGAGAAACUGGCAGUUGUGCACGUCUCUAAGAAGCCUGGGACGAGAUUUAAUGCCUAUGACGACUUCUUCUCUAUCAGAAAGAAGGAGGACGAGUCCCUGCAGUCUCUCAUGACCAGAAUUGACGAAGGCAUGCAUCAGAUUCAAAAUCUUCGUCCUACUGGCUUCUCAUUUUCUGAAUUGGACGAUGAAUUGACAUGCAUGGCCAUGAUUAGGGCGCUUCCUGAUCAAUAUGCCCACUUCACUU